UUACGCGUUCUGCCGUUCGCCUUGUGGUCCCUCUCCUUUUGCGGCGGGGAGGCGGGCUUUGCGGCUGCCCGGGGCAACACAGGCGGUGGACAGGCCCGCACGACGGCGGAGCGGGGAGGUCGGGGAAUCCCGGCGUUCCAGCUCCCAGUGCCGGGAUGGGCCGAAUCACGGGACUGGUGCCCUCCCGCUUCCUGACCUUGGUGGCCCAUCUCGUCAUCGUCAUCACCAUGUUCUGGUCAAGGGAAAUCAACGUCCGGGCCUGCCUACCUCCUGUCUUUACCCGGGAGGAGUAUGACAGCCAAGACCGGCAGUUGGUGAUUGCUCUCUCCGUCACCCUUGGUCUCUUCGUGGUGGAACUGGCCGGAUUUUUCUCCGGCAUCUCCAUGUUCAACGGCACUCAAAGCCUCCUCUCCGUGGCUGCCCACGGCAGCGCCUCCGUCUCCCUGUCCUUCUUCAUCUUCGAGCGGUGGGAAUGCGUCACGUACUGGUACAUCUUCGCUUUCUGCAGGAUGGCUCAGAAGGAGAAUGCCUACCCUGGACCCUUUUCCAUCUCAAAGUCCGGCCUGAACAUGCUGCCCCAAAGGGCGCCCUACAAGGAGUCGGCCACCCCGUCCUCCGCUCUCCUCCUGGGCCGCACCAAGACCGCCCUGCAACUCUCCAGCGUCCAGCCCCCAGCAGGCCCCGGCCGGGUGGUGGUGACGGAAGGCGGCUCCGUCAAGCCGACACUCCCUGAGCGGCACUUCACCAUCGACGACUUCGAGAUCGGGCGCCCGCUGGGCAAGGGCAAGUUUGGGAACGUCUACCUGGCCCGCGAGAAGCAGAGCCAGUUCAUCGUGGCCCUCAAGGUCCUCUUCAAGUCACAGAUGGAGAAGGAAGGCGUGGAGCACCAGCUGCGCAGGGAGAUCGAAAUCCAGUCCCACCUGCGCCACCCCAACAUCCUGCGCCUCUACAACUACUUCCACGACCGGCGCCGGGUCUAUCUGAUCCUGGAGUAUGCCCCCCGCGGGGAGCUCUACAAGGAGUUGCAGAAGAGCCACCAUUUUGACCAGCAGCGAACGGCCACGAUCAUGGAGGAGUUGGCUGACGCCCUCCAGUACUGCCACAGGAAGAAGGUGAUCCACCGGGACAUCAAACCCGAGAACCUGCUCGUGGGCCUCCGCGGCGAGCUGAAAAUAGCCGACUUCGGCUGGUCCGUCCACGCCCCCUCCCUCAGGCGGAAGACCAUGUGCGGGACGCUGGACUACCUGCCCCCCGAGAUGAUCGAGAGGCGCACCCACAAUGAGAAAGUGGACCUGUGGUGCAUCGGCGUGCUGUGCUACGAGCUACUGGUGGGCAGCCCCCCCUUCGAGAGCUGCUCCCCCAACAAGACCUACAACCGCAUCACGCAGGUGGACCUGAAGUUCCCCCCGUCGGUCCCCGCCGGGGCCCAGGACCUGAUCUCCAAACUGCUGCGGCACAACCCCGCCGAGCGGCUCCCUCUGGCCCGCGUCCUCGACCACCCCUGGGUGCGGGCGCACUCCCGCCGCGUGCUGCCCCCCGUCCACGGCCUCGCCCCCCCUAACUGAGCCUGACCCCCACCCCCUCCCCCCGGGGGGCGGGGGGCACGGGACGGCCCGUCCUCCGCCCCCUCUGUGACUGUUGUUGCUGCCUGGUUGUCCCCAUUCCUGCCGCCCCCGGCCUCACGGCCCCUCACCCCCCAACGAGAAUCUCUCUGUACUGUAUUCAAUAAAUGAUCAGCCGAG